AUAAAAUCAAGGGAAGGUCAAUACUCAAUUGUCAUUUUCCCUUUAGCUACCCAAACUUUCCCUCCCAAUUGAAAAUCUGAAUCUGGCUUCGAGAGAGAUGGAAAUGACAGAAAAUCAGAGCGACAAAACGAGUAAACACAAGAGAGAACGAAGCCUACUGGCCUUCACUGGAGCUGCUGCUCUCGCUGCUCUUGCUGUUAGCCUGGCUAUCUCCGCCCUCAAUUCCCGCCGAAAAAAGUCCCAGAAGAAAGAUCUUUCAGGGUCCAAUGCUCGCAUUAAUCUCUCGGCAUCUGAGAUUCUCAAAUUAGCUGACCGAAUCAUUGCUAAGUCGAAAGAGGUUCACGACGCCGUUGCUUCAGUUCCUUUUGACAAGGUUACAUAUGCGAAUGUAAUAUCGCCCCUAGCAGAUUUGGAGGCACAUCAAUUUCCGCUGGUCCAGUCUUGCGUGUUUCCAAAGUUGGUUUCCACUUUAGAAGAUGUGCGGAAAGCGAGCGCGGAAGCAGAACGCAGAAUCGAUGCUCACGUUUCGACGUGCAGCAAACGUGAAGAUGUAUACCGCGUGGUAAAGGCCUUUGCCUCAAAGGGGGAGUGGAUGAAUCCUGAAGCUAAACACUACAUGAAGUGCCUGGUCAGAGACUUUGAGCAGAAUGGUUUGAAUCUCACUGUUACCAAGAAAGAGGAAGUACAGCGUUUGAGAGCUCAAAUUGAAGAGCUAAGCUUGCGAUACAUUCGCAAUUUGAAUGAUGAUAGCAGUUGUCUUCUUUUCAGUGAGGCAGAGCUGGUUGGAUUACCAACAGAGUACCUUAAGAGCUUAGACAAGGCUGGAAAUGACAAAUAUAAGAUCACAUUGAGAAGUCAUAAUGUUUUAGCACUGCUGGAGUUUUGCCAGGUAGGAACAACGAGGAGGAUGGUUGCUGCAGCAUAUGGGAAGAGGUGUGGAGAAGUCAAUCUUUCUGUGUUGGAAAGUUUGGUUGAGAUGCGCCAUAAAUAUGCUCGGUUAUUUGGCUAUUCAAACUAUGCUGACUAUGCUGUUGAUCUAAGAAUGGCAAAGACAUCCACAAAGGUAUUUGAGUUCUUAGAGGAUAUCUCUGCCAGUUUAACGGACUUGGCAACGGGGGAGCUUGCCUUGUUGAAAGACUUGAAGAAGAAAGAAGAAGGAGAGCUUCCAUUUGGAAUUGAAGAUCUACUGUACUAUGUGAAGAGGGUUGAAGAAGCACAGUUUGAUCUGGACUUUGGAGCUCUUAAGCAAUACUUUCCUGUGGAUGUGGUUCUGUCUGGAAUCCUCAAAAUAACCCAAGACCUUUUUGGAUUAAGAUUUCAGGAAGUUGCAGAUGCUGAGGUUUGGCAUGGUGAUGUUAGUGUGUUUUCUGUUUUUGACUUAAGUUCAGGUGAACUCCUGGGUUAUUUCUACCUUGAUAUAUACACAAGGGAAGGAAAAUAUGGUCAUACAUGUGUAGUUGCUCUUCAAAAUGGUGCAUUAUCAUACAGUGGUGAACGACAAAUACCAGUGGCAUUACUUAUCUCCCAAUUACAAAAAGGCAAUGGUGGGCACUCUGGUUUAUUAAGAUUCCCUGAAGUGGUUAGUCUUUUCCAUGAGUUUGGCCACGUGGUCCAACAUAUUUGCAAUCGUGCAUCCUUCGCCAGAUUCUCUGGGUUGCGAGUUGAUCCUGAUUUUGUGGAGAUCCCUGCGUUGGUGCUAGAAAACUGGUGCUACGAGAGCUUCUCGCUGAAGUUGAUUUCUGGUUUCCAUCAGGAUAUCACAAAGCCCAUCAAUGAUGAAAUAUGCAAAUCACUUAAAAGAUGGCGAAAUUCAUUUUCUGCGCUUAAAUUGAAGCAGGAAAUUCUUUAUUGUCUCUUCGAUCAAAUUAUACAUUCAACUGACAAUGUCGACAUUGUCGAGUUAUUCAAGCAUCUUCAUCCUAAGGUCAUGUUAGGCCUGCCAAUGUUGGAAGGAACCAAUCCAGCUUCAUGUUUCCCGCGCAGUGCUAUUGGUUUUGAAGCUGCUUGCUAUAGCCGUAUUUGGAGCGAGGUCUUCGCAACUGACAUAUUUGCUUCAAAGUUUUGUGAUGAUCUCGUAAACCACCAUGUUGGCAUGCAGUUUAGGAACAAGGUAUUGGCCAUGGGAGGAGCAAAGGAGCCCAUUGAAAUUUUGUCAGAUUUUCUUGGAAGAGAACCAUCUAUUGCUGCUUUUAUCGACAGCAAGACCAAACAUAGCCCAUAUGACGCCAAAUUCUCAUAAAUCAGGUUUAGAUUUGCAUUCGAGAUUCUCAUAAAUCUAUGCCACCACCUUUUAGUUGUGUAUAUAAAUUUUUAUCGCUUCUAGUAAUCAAUUGUGCUGUAGUACGUGGACUCCAGCUAAGCUGUUCAUCAUUAAUUUUUGAGAGAAAACAAGUCGUUCGCGCUCGCCUGCCUGAUAAGCAGUAAUGAUGC